AUGGGACGCAGCAGCAACAACAAACAUAUAGGUGACAACAGCAGCAACAACAAUAACAACAACAACAACAAAGGUGGCGACGAAAACGACAAGGUCAACAAAGAUGGGGCUCCGGAGAAAGAGGAGGAACCCAAACCCCCACCUCCACCGCCCCCUCCGCCACCUCCGCCCCCCAAAGAGACCCCCAGUCCCACGAAGGAGGCGUUUGUGCUGGACCCCUCGAGUACCCUCUACUACCACUGGCUGUGCGUGGUCUCCGUGCCGAUCAUGUACAACCUCCUCAUGCUCGUGUGCCGGGCAUGUUUCGAUGAGAUGCAGACUGAACACACCUACACCUGGAUGACCCUGGAUCUGCUGUCAGACCUGGUGUACCUCCUCGACACCUGGGUUCGCAUCCGCACAGGGUUCCUGGACCAAGGUCUCCUCGUGCACGACUUGAAGCGCCUUCGACAAAACUACAUGAAGACGCGGCUCUUCAAACUCGAUAUUAUCUCCAUCCUUCCCACCGACAUCGCUUAUAUAUGGCUCGGCCCGGACUUCCCGGAGCUGCGCUAUAACCGCGUGGUUCGCAUCUACCGCAUGUCCGAGUUCUUCCAGCGCACGGAGACGCGCACCAACUUCCCCAACCUCUUCCGCAUUUCCAACCUCGUGCUCUACAUCGUGGUGAUCAUCCACUGGAACGCGUGCAUCUACUUCGCCAUCUCCAAGGUUAUCGGGUUUGGCUCUGAUCAGUGGGUUUAUCCAGAUGUCAACAUCCCUGAGUACUCUCAUCUCAUGCGCAAGUACGUGUUCAGCCUGUACUGGUCGACGCUAACGCUGACGACGAUCGGGGAGACCCCGCCGCCGGCGCGCGACGAGGAGUUUGUGUUUGUGGUGUGCGACUUCCUCGUCGGGGUCCUCAUCUUCGCUACCAUCGUCGGCAACGUGGGCGCCAUGAUCUCCAAUAUGAACGCGGCACGCGCAGAUUUCCAGACCCGCGUGGACGGGGUGAAGCGCUACAUGCGUCUGCGGGGGGUGACGCGGUCCCUGCAGGAGCGCGUCGUCGCUUACUUCGACCACGUGUGGGCGUACGGCAAGGCGGGCGACGAGGCGGCCGUGCUCGCCUCUCUGCCCGUUCGGCUCCGCGCGGAGGUGGCCUCAAACGUGCACAUGGAGACCAUCAAGAAGGUGCGAAUCUUUGCGGACUGCGAGGCAGGGCUGCUCAUUGAACUCGUUCUAAAGCUGAAGCCGCAGGUGUUUGGCCCCGGGGAGUACAUCUGUCGCAAGGGAGACGUGGGGCGAGAGAUGUACAUCGUCAAAGACGGCCGUCUGGCUGUGGUAUCAGAUGAUGGGCUCAAGCAGUUCGUGGUUCUGUCUUCAGGAAGCUACUUUGGAGAAAUCAGCAUCCUCAACAUCAAGGGGAGUAAGUCUGGAAACCGGCGCACAGCAAACAUCGUGAGCAUUGGGUACUCGGACCUCUACUGCCUGUCCAAGGACGACCUCAUGGAGGUACUCACAGAGUACCCAGACGCCAAGCAGGCCCUGGAGGAGAAGGGCAAAGCCAUCCUCAUGAAGGACGGCCUAAUCGACGAGGAGUGCACCAAUGUGGGGCCCGACCCCAAGACACUCGACCAGAAGGUGUCCCGCCUGGAGACGCUGCUGGACGGGGUGCACACGCGCCUGGCACGCCUGCUGGCGCAGCAGGGCUCGAGCGUGGCGUCGACGCGCGCCCGCCUCACCUCGCUGGAGACGGCCGUGUGCGGGAUCGUCUCCUCCCUGGGCAGCGCGACUCCCACGAUCCUCACCAUCACCGCACCACCCGAGGAGUGACGGAUCUCGCCAUCGGAGUCGCCGACCUUAUCCCGGGCGGCGAUGCCGACGAAUUACUGGCGGCGGUGGCAGGGACAGUGGCAACGGCGGCAGCGGCGGCAGGAGCGUCAGUAACAGCAACAUCAGCAGCGCGUGCAACAUCACGGACGGCAGCAUCACCAGUUGAAGCGUUACUAUCAACAUCAGAGGCAACGUCAUCAGCAAGCGGCAUCAUCGGCAGAAUGGCCGGCAACAUCUGACAUCACCAGCAUCACCAGCAAGCAUCGGCAGCAGCAUCAGCAGUAGCAGCACUAGCAAAUUAAAGUGCGACAUCACAAACAUCACCAAAAAUACCGGCAAUUUCACCUAUAUCAUUGUCAAUAUCACUAACAUCACAAUUAGCAUCGUCGCUCGUGAAAUUAUAAGUGCUAUCAUCGGCAACAUCUCUAGGAGUAUCGCCGUUAGCAUUUAAUAAGGAACGUGACAAAUAUAUCCGGCAUCAAUGAUAUCAGCAACAACAUCACAAACAUAAUUGGUGGCAUAAUCAUCAUCGUCAUAAUCAUCUCAUCUUCUACAAAUUCAACUGCAUAAGCACCAGCAUCCAGGGCUGGAUUCAGGGAUGGGGGUGAAUUUUGGACAUUUGCCCAGGGCCCAAAACUCAAGAGUGGUCCACACACGCAAAAAAAACCCAUUAAUGUUAUCAUUAAGAAAGUAGGACAGCUUACUCACAUUAUCAUGUUAUUUGAAUUAAAAUGAAGAAUAUAAAAUGAAUUAAUUGCUGUGCUUAAUAUUUUUUUCUACCUUCAGUUUUCUCCAUCUGACCUAAAUUCACCCCAUCUGACCUAGAUUCACCCUUGUAAGGGUAGGGUGCGAGGGGGUAGGCGGUAGCUUUUUUUACUCUGGUGUCCCAAGAGCAAAGAUACCUCGAUCUAGCUCUGUCAGCACCAAUAUCACCUUAGCCACCAGUAUCCACAUCAUCAUCAUUGACAUUAUAAACAUCACCAGCGUCAUCACCGACAAAACAACCAAAAUUGCUGAAAAAUCACAAUAAAUCAUUCGCCACCACCUCCACCAUCAUCACCAUCCUUGGCAUCCUCUCCAUGUGUCCGUGGUGUCGCUAAGUGUGUGUUAACUCCGCACCUUCCUCCCUGCGCCUCUUCACUCCCCAGAUCCUCCACGCUCCUCCUUAGAGCCCAAGCCUAUAAACGUACGGGGAUAAUUAUGGGUAUUAUAAAAUACAUUGACCUUUUGUAUCUCCGGGGUGGAGCGGUGACACAGUGAUUGACGAGCUACUGCUAUGACCCCGGCGGCAACCUGGGUUUAAUUCUCAGCCAUGCUUAAGCAUCGGUGGGGGGUAAUAUCUGACCCGCUCCUGGUCUCCCCCUCCCUUCAUCAGCUCGCACUGACCAAUGUGGUGAAAUAUGACCAAACAAUCUGGACGAUGAACACGGCGUGGGGAGGAGGCCUUCAUCCAGCAGUGGAUUGACAAAGGACCGUGAAUGAACACAAUUCUCUAUCCACAUAAAAUAUGUUUUCAUCCAGAAGCAUGUUUCAGCAAACUGGACCGAUUUCGAGCUUCUGGGUCUCAACUAGCAGCAGUCAGGCUUGCGAAACAAACACUCUUCGUUUAAACUUUAUUGGCAAGAGCACUCCCUGUAAACAACAACAAAAACAAUCCUGUGCUGCGUCAAUAAAAUGCCACUUACGUGCUGUUGUGGACCAUUGUACGCGCACGGCCUUGUCACUCCACUCGUGCAGGAAGGCCCUCGGCCACACUGCUGGCCGUGGGGGUUACUUCGCCACGUUUCAUCGCACUUUGGUCAGUGCAGGUCGUGAAGGCAGGGAUCGCAUAUGUGGCACCAUAAAAGUAAAGUACAACAAUUUAUUUUUUCGACGCCGCACUCUGCUGCCCACUUCAUAACUCUGCAGCCUAUUACACCGGCUAUGCAUGGCAAUCGCCCAUCCAGGCACUAUCCAGGAUGAACAACCAUGCUCACCUUCUGAGACCUGGUGAGGUUGUGCACAAUCAGGGAGGCUGGUCGUCGAUAGUGGAGCAUGAUGGGUAAUGAAUAACGAAACAACUCCAAGCCCUCAUUGUCAGAUGAACAGAAAUGGUCCAUGAGCCCGGCGGCCUUGCGCGCUAACACUAUCCAGCAGCGUCUAUCGAAGCACCCAAACCCAUUUUUCAUUGAGCUGUGCAUACGGAUGGAGCUGGAGUACCCAGAGGAAACCCACAUAUAGAUUCAUUGCAUCAGGCUUCCAUCUAUUAGAUGCCCCUGUAGUAUAGAUGCGUCUAUACAUAGAACACUAUGUACUUUAAAUGACCUUAAUGCUGCUUCGGUAAGGCAUUACGGUGCCUUAUUACUACCCGAGCUGAAGGAACAUUGACAAUUUAUGACCGUUCUCUAUGUCGGUACGGCUGGGGCACAGUUCCCUGAUGAGCCCAUUAGAGCAACGAUAUCCAGAAGAGGGGGGGGGGAGGGGGCAGCAGACCCGGCGUCGUGGUCACGGCUAACAUCAGUGGCAAGUGAUAUCCGAACCGCUCCUAGACACGUCCCUUCAUCAACCCGGACUGACCAGCAUGGUGAAGUAUGUUCAAACAACCCCCAUCGCUGGGGGAGGCUUUUUUGCCCUGGUUAUUUGAUUAAUGACUAAGGGCUGCAAGCGUGCAGCGAUACUCUGGGUUUUAAUUGACGGUCUGUAGCCAGGCAUGGUUCACUAAUGAGCUCCUGCGAGAGCCAAAUGUAUCCGUUUCUCCCAACGCUGCUGCUCAUUGUCUUUUGAAAAUUUGAUUGCCUAAAAGUUUUACUGAUAUUUGCCAUCGCUCCGUGUACACGGCACAACGGACUUCUCGGUGGGCCGACGUUGUGCCUGUUCAAAUUCACGUGGGGCAGAGCUCAAUUCCGGGGCCAUUGGGGGCAAAUGUCACAUUCCCGUGGCAUCUGCCAGUAUAGCCGUAGGAAAACAAUCACUGUCGGUAUCCCGAAAAAGUGGCGCUCAUAUUAUCGACCCUAACGGGCUGAUAGGGUGCGGUGACCCACGACUGGCAUUUGAGUUUGCGAUAUUUUGGUUGAGAGCCGAGUGCUCUAUGGUUGCUAGCAAUCAGUAAAUUGAGUCUUGGACAGCCGGGUUUGUUGUAUUGAUCCGCGAUGACCUCUGCCUAUGACCACAUCCCAAGCCUCUUACAGCAGCAGCAGGCUCCGGAGUAAUUGGCUAUUUGAUGGAUCCCAGGGUAUGCAAGGGCAACCACGAGUCCUCCACCAGGUCGGUGAGGACAAUCUGCCCGAUCUGACCUCAGUGGUGAGCCUUAAGUCUUUAUGAUGUCAAUGGUGAGCAUGAUGGUUUUAUGAGCAAAACGUUGUGACGCGUGCGAUGAACGCGAGUUGGCGAUGUCCAAUCGCGUCGUGAAUGACGUCCAUGUUGCUUAAAAAGUCGAUCCACUUUCUACCAAGCGAACUUGUACGUUGAACUUCGUACAUAGCCAACCGUGCUAAUCGGAGGCCAUUGACAACCCAUGUAGAAUUGUUCCAGUCUCCUCAGUAUCGCCCGUGAUUUCAGAUCAAACACAAUAGCAUCGGUAGGACACGGGUCUCAUUGGUACUGAUUUUCAUGCCAGGUCACCGCUUUCCUUGUCACCAUGGAUGAAGGCCUCCCCAUGCCAGUGUUGGUCAUGGGGGGUUAUUUGAUCAUACUUCACCACGCCGGUUCAGCUGUGCAGGUUGGUGAGAUGAAGGGCUCAGGAGCGGUGAAAUAUAUCAUCACUGACAUUAGAAUGGGUGCCAAUUGAACUCGGGUAACUGGGUUCAAAAUCACCACGGUCCCCAAGUCCUUUGUGUAAAUGUGCAACAAAUAAGUAAACACAACACGUGCUUUAAGAA